AUGUUCCAACCGAGACGCCGAUCGUCGUUGUCUCAGACAAUUGCUGAACCGGGAUUGAACAAUCCCGUUGUUUCAUCCACACAGAAAAGACUAUGCUACAAGUGCCAGCGCAAACUAGACUCAUUGUCACACAAUACCAAUAAUGACAUAAAUUUUAGAAGAAGAAGCUCUCUUGCGAUGACUGGCUCAUUUCAAGAGUCCCUUUUGAAUGGUCGGACUUCAGGGAUCCCCUCAAAUCCCAUAGCCUUUGUUGCUAAAAUAAGUGUCACAAGCAGCCACAAUAACAAACAGCGUUUUUAUAAACACAUCAAGAUCCCAUUUGAAGCCGUUUACUACAAGUGGAAUGAUCAUGAAUUUUUGAAUGGCAACAGUGGGCCUCACACCAGGGGGACUCCAUACGUGGGUAAUAUCGAUUUAGAGCAGUACUAUAUCGAUCAAGAAAACUCUACUUCCGAAACCGGUACCCAUGCUUCAACAAAGAGGGAAUUUCCAGGUUAUAUGGUUCCACCUAAGGGAAAUUUACAACUCCUGAUAUUUGACCAGGACCAGAAUAUCUCCUUUGUUAAUGUGUUUGAGUACGACAUAUCAACUCUACCUAAAAACCACAAAACCUUGCUGCGCCAGACCAUAGAAAUUAAAAGAAAAGGCGGAGAGGACGAGUCCAAAAUGUUGUCAUCCACAAUACAGCUCAAGUUUGCCAACAUUAGAGGAAAAAAAUUCUAUUUAUACGAAAAUAUUCGUAUCAUCUUUCAGAAUCGUAACCCUGUACGAGGUACUCAAGAAAGUUUUGAAACUACCCCGGGGUCAAAGGUGCAUAAGAUUAAGGAAGUGCUCAAUAUUGGCCAAACUCCAGUCAACAUUCACCAUUUCUUAUCGACCUGCGAUAGUUGCGAUGAAGUCAAAUAUCCUUCUGUUUUUGAUGAGGACGAAGAAGACAAAAUCAAUACCAACACUGGAGCACUAAUACCAGGAAGCUGCAAACCCAGUUUUAAGUAUGAAUAA